GUUUAUCGGUGGGUAUCCCGAAAAGUAUAACAUAAUAACAUAGAACGUAGAAGAGUUGAAUACCUUUUUUCGCCGAUCAACAAGCGUCUGGACCCGCUCAAGAGUCAAGACCUUCAUACCACACAAAACUAACCAUUCAAUAAAUCAGUUGGCCUUGAUUGCCACCUUGACGUCCACACGCAAAAGGCCGGAUAACCAGAAUUCAUUCCCGCGACAUUCGGAUAUCAUGAGUUUCAAAAUUUUACGGGUCUCCGUGAGCAUUUUGGCAGCAGCUAUGUUUCUGCAUGUCGACCAAGCAUCGGCAUGGUCCUUGGGCAUUGGGCGUCUACCCUCGUGCGUUUACAUCUGCCUAGACCAAUCAGUCUCAUUGCAAUCUUCCUGCCAAGAUCUCAAAUGUAUCUGCAAACAGCCCAAUUUAAUGGCUACAAACGAAGCUUGCUUCCGUAAGGAGUGUGACUUGAACUCACUGUCGAAAGCGCUGAAAUUGCCAGCGACCUGUCAAGAAUCUUUUGGAAUAACUCCCCCGAGAGACCCCCCAGCAGAGUCGCCUAGCAGCCCUUCGUCCCCCCCGAAUCCAUCGCCCGCGACAGGUUAUACUGUUUACCCUUACACGGCUGUGCCACCCACCACUGCCAAUCAACGGCCCUCUGUACCUUACUAUGCCUACUAUCCUUAUCCCCAGGUUGUCGCUCCUCUCAAUGGCUCUGUCGUUCCUCAGCCUCCUUCUGGUACCCCUAUAACUCCAGUAGGCUCUUCCUCGCCUGCUGCUGGACCUCCACCCCAGAUUUCCACACCACCAACCCCGGCUUCUCCACCUCCACCUCCACCCCAAGCGUCUACCCCUGCGCCCCAUGCCCCUACGCCGAUCGCGGGAGUAGUCAACGGCACAACAAACUCGACCGGAGCCCGUCCGCCAGCUGGGAAAUUCACCUCCCCUCUUUUUCCUCCUCAUUCGAAUUCAUCAGCCUCCCCGGGAGCUGGUGAUGCGGCUUACGCCUCUGCACAAAGUUUGUUUAACAAUCAAACCAAUUCUCCUCUCUUUCUGUUGCUCUUAUUGUCAUCUCUUUAUUCAUCUCUGUGCCUGUAAGUGGCUGAAAUAUGUGAUAUGAACCCAUCCACUCUUGUCAAUCUUUUCCAUUACAUUUUUUCCUCAUAUGUUCUCAAGAACUAUAUUUCUUCAUACCGUGCUUGAUUUUUUUACUCCCAAAAACACAUUCUGAAACACGAGAGAUUUCUGUCAUUGUAUCUUAAUCAUUCCACACAUUGCAUAAACUUCUUCCA